GUUGUUUGUUUUCACUCAGCGCAGUCGCAGGCCGGAGAGGAGGGGCGCAGGGUUGUGUAACGGUUGUGGCUUUAAUCUUCAUUGCUUCUUUCCAGACUCCUGCCAUGGCUCUGUGCAGUAGCGUCGGAGCCUUGGCGUUACCAAGCGAGCUUAUCGUUCACAUAUUCUCCUUCCUGUCAGACCGAGACAAGCUCCGGGCCUCGGCCGUGUGCUCUCGCUGGAGGGAGUGUCUCUUCUACCCUGCACUCUGGACGGAGCUCAAGCUGCGCGUCGGUGGCGGAACCAACGGCGGAGGAUCUGGAUCGGAGCAAACCCCGCGAUUAGAGUUCCUCAUGCGCAAGUUCGGCUCGUUCGUGCGGGAGCUACAGCUGGAGUUCGCCCCGCUGGACGGCUGUCUAAGCCCGCUGCAGCACGGAGUGGAAGCCGUCGAGAGCGACCCGCAGUUCGCGAAAGAUGCGAUGGUGACAUAUUUGGAUCAAGUGUUGUGUGUCCUCGGCGGGCUGCGUAAUAACAGAAACAUCCAGAAGCUGAGUCUCUAUGGGGACACAUGCAUUCUUCAGGAUGACGGCAUUUUGGACAGCCUUUACCUCAGCCAGGUCGACCAAGGGGGCAAGAAAACGAAAGAGAUCCAGCAGCUCUUCGAAGAGAUCCUGUCCAACAGCAGGCAGUUAAAGUGGUUGUCUUCUGCGUUCAUGUUCGGAGUGGUGACCCCGUGCUCUCUGGCCUCGCUCUCCAACCACAGCACCAGCUCCCUCGAGCACCUCAGUCUGAUCGACAACCAGCUGCCCAGCCUGAUUUCCACCAUCGAACUGGAAAGGCUCAUUCACCUGCAAUCUCUGUCCCUAGAAUUUUGCGACUUCACCUCAGAUAUGUGCCGUCUUCUCGCCUGCGGUGACCGAGCGCCCCUCCAUCGCCUCUCCCUUUUGCUGAAUGGUGCUGCUUUGGACGUCAAGCCUUUGGAUGGUACCGCCACGGAAGACGAUUGGAAAGCCCUGGUCCGUCGCAGCACCAACCUGCGCGUCUACAUCAUGGCGAUGGAUGUGUGCAGCCAGGACCUUCUGCGUGUGCUGAAGCCCAGUUUGCCCUUGGAGCGGAUCCAUCUGGACAGCUACAGCUCAUUGGUGACGGAUGGUGUCCUGGAGCUCAUCUCGCAGCAGUAUCACAAAACCCUCAGCCACUUCAUCUUGAUGAGAGACGAUGCUGGAUUCCCAGACCUCAGCGUCAACCGGAAUGAGGACCCACUGGUUCUCCUCGCCUGGCGCUGUGUGCACCUCGCUGUCUUGAUAAUCCAUGGCUACACUGUGUGGUCACACAACCUGGUGGCCAUCUCUCGCCUGCGUGGGUCCAACCUCAAAGUCCUGGAGGUGUCCGAAGAGAGCAUCGACUUUGACCCGGACCAGUCGGUGUACAUCGAGGGCGACCCCGUCCACAAUCUAGUCAAGGAGGUGUCCCUGGGCUUGGGCCGCGUCUGGCAUCCCUCCAUGGACAACAGCAUGGUCCUGAACGAACCCACUCAGCACUUCCACCGCGAGAUGCAGAGUUUCAGCGCGGGCAUGUAGACACAAACGCCCUCUCUACCCCUGUGCUUGGUGAUCUUUCACUAAAUGGGCCCUUCUCAUUUAAUGUAUUGUUUUUUUAUUUUUAUUGCUUUUUGAUUUUGUUUUUGUUUAUUCUUGUAGUGUGGAUUUAAUCCUUUAUAUGUGCUGUGUUUAAUCAGUAUUAGCUCUAUAUUUAUAUCUGUAUCUAUAUAUCCUGCUUAUUACUAGGAAAGUAUAGUUGGGUAUUGGUUUAGUAGCUAAUUGAGUGAAUGGAGAGAGGGGCUUUUAUACAGCUAACUUAAAAGUUGUACAGUGAGUUGUUCAUUCUCUCGCUUUUGUCUGUUUGUUGGUUCCCCCUAGAAAGUGUGGCAUUACCUCAAACUAUCAAUUGAUCCCUUUUUGGCUUCUGCAACGAUGAAAUCCCACGUUCACGUUGACCUUUUUCUAGGGAGAUUAGUCUUCCAGCCAAGGGACAGGACUGAUCCACAGCAGUUACGACCCUUCAUCUUUGUUCCUCAGUAUGUAAUUGUUAUUCAGAAAUGAGGAUUGGUGGAAACGACGUGUUCGGGACGCAGAUCCCGCUGGUUUUUCUCAACCUGGAAGUAGAUGCACCUCUGCUGGUGAAACCAAUCGUAGAGGUUUUUCAGUCUGGUGUAUGACGCCUGCAUGCUGACCGCCCUGCAGCACAAUAUCUGGGCCCAGCCAUAGGUGUUUGUUCUUUUCUUGUUUUCUUGUGUGUGUUUUUGUUUUAAGAAGUCCUUCCUGUCUGUCUCAGGUAGGCAAAAACUAUAUGAAGAUGAAGAUGAAGGUCAUGAUAUUUUGGGAAGAGUGAAAACAAUCAGCUAUUCCGUCAGAUUUAUUGUUCUUCUUGAGUCACAGUUGCCUUGAACUCCCCCUUACUUCAUAAUCAGUGUGUUUAUGGCCUCGGCCUCAGUCUGUUUGGAGUUAACAUUGUUGUAAUUCCUUAAAGAAGUGCGUCAACUUGAGCGACGGAUCAUAGUUGAGGGUGAACACGCUCCGAACGGAUUGAAUCCAGGCCGUGGUAUUUCAUCUGUAAAGCAUUAGAUGGCGGGAGACAGACGUUUGCUUGUUCCAUAUCUCAGGAUUCCUGCACUUGCGGUACUUUUCCAGUUGAAAGCUUUUGUUGAAGCUUCGUUCAUAAGGUUGGCAUGCUCGAUAGGCAAGACUUUGUAGUGUUUGUGGAGGAAAGAAAGCUCUUCCAAAAGAAUGCGCUUUAGAAGUUGCUGGUUUUAUUUUUUUCUUCCUGUGUCUAAUUUCCCUAGUUUGUGGUUCUCAGUGUGUUGUUUGCUUUUACAUAUAUUGUAUAUUUGUUUUUUUGUUUUAAAAAAUCAUAGUCGAAGGAGGUCAUGGUUACUUGCAUAGCUGAAAAAAGUGAAUGUCAAACUAAAGCCUUCUUGAAAGCGGCAGCGUUUUUGCUCUGCAGAAUCCCCUAAUUCAUUAGCAUAUCUUUAUUUUGUCGUGCUUGAAUAACGAAGUGACUCGACAAAGAGCGGAGUGCUUUUUAAAAACCGUUAAGUUGCCUAGCAAAUCGUUAAUCGAUCAGGCCUCAGAACUUCCUGUUAUUUGGCGGUAUCGACUACCCAAAGCCAAACCAGGUUUGAAAUGGAAGCCAUCGUCCCAAUCUUCCUGUAAGAUCUGCGCUUAUGACAAAAACAUCGUACAGCCAAAGCAAACCUUCGCAGCAUGGAAACGAUCUUUUAUAUGCAAGCUUAUCAAGUGAGGGGUGACCUAGCAAUUUAGCUUAUGAUCUUGUCGGGAUUUGUUGUUUGUGGUCCAAAAAAGGUUUGAAGUAGUUAACCAAUGAGGUCGAACAACUCUUGGCAUGUGUAUUAAGGGUUGAUGUAAUUCGACAUUUUAUAAAUGCGACGCAGAGUUCCAGCUUGACUAAAUGUUGACAAGUUUACAACCUAUUGUGGUACCUAUGUCAACAUUGGUGAAAACGGCAGAUUUUCGUGGUUGGUGGCACAGAACGUAAAAAGGGUCAUUGUGGUUUAAAAUCUGUUAAAUUCACUCUCUUUUUGAUUACACCACAGACUAAAAAUUCUGUUUUCAGGUGCGUUGACAUGGGUACCUAACGUGCUGUAAUGAAUAUGUGAGAAUGCUCUUAAACGUGUGCCAGGAUUCUGUGAAUUUUAGUUCAUUUCAAAAAGUUCUGCUUAGUACAGCACCAAAAAGACAAUUUCGAUAAGUGUGUUCUUAAAUCGGAGCUUGUUCACUAUAUAUCGAUUUUGCCGAAUGACUAGUUGGCGGAGAACUACUGCGUACGACACAUUACAAACUGCUAAAGCAUUCAUACCGUGCCUAAAACCCAGAAUAGCUUUCAUUUCAAACCCACGUCACUGUACGUUCUCGGUUGACCAAGUCUAUGAAGCAUUACAAAAGACAUCAGUGCUUGCGUCUUGUUUUUCUUUGCAAUCUCUCUAUGUGUGUGUGCGAGUGUGUCGUGUGUCGUGUAAACGUUCAAAAAGUGCAUCCAUCAGAGAAGGAGGUGUGUGUUCAGUACAAAGCGUACCACUUCCUCAGCAGUGAACAGGAAACAGCCAUUCUCAGGGUUACUGUUAGACAUGUGGAGGAAACAAAACGGAGUCCAAUAGCUCAGGCCUCUCACCAUUAAAGUUUCCAUCAAUGAAGAAUCUUUUCAACAAAGUCACUGGAUUUAACUUCUGUCAGCGCAUCAUCUGCGUCAGCUGCCAAAGAUAACGGUGAUACGACACUUUUUGUUUUAUAUUUUUUUUCGAUGUGCCCGCAUGCUGGCAGAGGGCAGGGCCAAUGGCUGAUGGGCCGAGAUGUACUACUACUACUACUAUCGUAUUACGACAACUACUUUUAGAUAAAUGUACUAAUGGUUGGACUUGGGUGGUGGUCCACAGCUGUGCUGUGGCUUUGGUCAACAUAUGUUAGAUCUCUCUUACAAUGCACCUGUUUCACUGUGAAGAGUGAAUGUAAUUUAACUAUUGAAAAUCAAGGUUGGUUCUAUCAGACCUAUAAGCUGCUAUGAGACGUGUUAGGAACAUUCCACUGGGGAGUUAAAAACAAACUAAAAUGGCCAAAUGUCUGCAUGAAAUGAAUAUUUUUUUACUCUUUUAUUCUGUUUUGGUUCGGGCAGGGGCGGGAUCCUGGAAUCAGCGUUCGACUGGUCCUAUGAUGAAAUUCUUGAGCCAUUUGAGAGCAAGCGUAGGUUUUUAUUGACGAUCGAUGUGACCAGUCGGUUGUUACAACUCAGUUGGAUCCCAGAUUUUUUUUUUUCUUUGGUAAACGUUAUAUGCAUUUCACAAUCUCGUAGUGAG